AUGUCUACAACGGAAAAGGUCAAGAUAAAGCUGGAGCACUUUGGGGGCGAUCCUUUCGCCGGACUUUUCCCGCAGAUUGGGAAGGUGUUGGCUCACAGUAUUCCAAUAUCCAACGUCGAAUUCGUUUACUCUGAGGGACAUACUGAACUGCGACAUACCGCAGGGUUGCGGUUGGAAGCUGAUAUUGAGUUUAGAGGUGCUCUUGAACCAGUGGCAGAUCUGCUUGGUGUUCUCUUCAGUGUCUCCGGCAACACUCCCCCGGUUGCGCUCCAUGUUUCUGCCCACCUAUCCCAUACAAGAGACUGGACUACCCCUCCGAGCUUUUCUUCCCUCAUCCUGCAAGGCUCCUUUGAAAAGAUGUCUUUCAUGGUGGGAGACCUUCUGAAAAUCCAAACUGUUGGAGUCGAGAUCGCAUUCAUCAAUGUUGCUGAUUUAACAGGCACAGGGAGCACUUGGUCCCGGGGUUAUGGCAUUUUUGGGGAGCUUGAGAUUCACCAGAUUCCCGGCACGGCCGCUCCGCUUCGAGUCGCUUACAAGAUGACCAAAUUUACCCAUAGCUACCAGAUGGUUAUGCAGUUUACUUCAACUGAAUGGGAAGAUGUUUUCGGCAUACAAGGCUUAAAUCGUCUCAUUGAAGGCACGAUCAUGGGUAGGCUCUGCGUUGCUAACAUGGGGGCAAAGAUCACAGACGUGAAUUUCUAUACCUUCUUCGCUAGUAUAUCUAUCAAAGACUCCUUGGUCCUUGCUAUAUCUGCGUCAAUGAAGUUUGGCGAUGCGCAUCUGGUGCUUACUGGUCACUUUUCAAAAGCGGAGACAUAUCUGGAAGCGAGUGUUGGCAAUCUAUCCUGGUCCACGAUUUUAGCAUUUUACAGCCAGUUGACAGGAACAUCGAUCGACAACCAGCUGGAGAGUCAUGACAUUAGUUUCGAAGACAUGCACAUCAUACUGUCCACCAAGGGUGUGGUGAUCGAGGGAAAGGUUCGUUUCAAUGGCCAUACCAGCUUGGAGGGCUCCCUGGAGCUUGGCAAAGACGGCAUUUCAAUCGGGGGCGGCGUGGCCGAUUUUCUCAUCGAUGACGCUGGAAUCGAGAUUAAACAGGCCAGGAUCGAUGUAUUUGUAGCAUCAGCAGAAAGCACAUGCGUGUCUAGGUUUUCCAUUCAUGGAAAGGUUUCCUUUAGUGGGAUCACUGUCACGGCUGCCUUCAUGAUAGAGGGCAAAGAGACUAAGUCCGAGUUAAAUCAGACAUCGGAACGGCAAUGGUCCCUGUUUGGUCGAUAUGAAGGCAACCUGCGCCUGAGAGACAUGUGCCCUGGCCCAAUAGAAGGGGGAAUAGGCGAUCUCGAACUCAGAAACAUUACUCUAAUUGCCGCAUCUGGAGAAAUGGCUGAUAUUGAAAAGCUGAAUACGCUCAAGUACCCGGUUAAGAAGGGAAUAUCGCUUUGUGCCACAAUUUCACCAAUGGAAGAAUUGAAUGGCUUUGCCCAGCGGGAUAUCGAUGGUUUGAUUCUCAUCGCGACCAUAGAGGACACGCUAGCAGUGCAGGUUCAGCUCCCUACGGCAUUUGAUGUCGAAAUCACCAAAACUGCCAAACUGACUGAUAUCAGUGUUGGCAUUGAGAUUAGCGAAAACCCCAGCUUGAUGGUUACCUCUGUUCUGAACAUCCUCAUGGAACCAGGAAAGGAUCCACUUAGACUGGAGGGUAGAAUCAAAGCUGGCCUGCGGGAUGCAUCGGCCUUAGUUGUUACAAAGUCGCCAUGGGUGAACCCCUUUAACAUCAGCAAGGAGGUGACAGUUGUCGAUUUCAAAGUCCUCCUCGGGGUAACCUAUGCAACCCUGGAAGUAUUUGGUCCAUCCCAAAUGGCCCUUGCGGGGACCCUUCGAGUUGGAGAAUUGACUGCAAGCGCAGGCAUGUCUAUCAGUCAGUACCCGGAUCAGCAAUUGCUCAAGGCAGAUAUUUCGAAGGUCGAUCUUAUUCAGAUAAUCCGCGUUGCCGGGCAUGUAGCCAACAUUGAGGUUUUGAAAAACAUAAGUGGGGGUGAGGAUACGUUUGUCUUCACCAAAGCGUAUGUGUAUGUCUCUACCGGAGCGUCCAUUGGGGGAAGAGAGUAUCGUCGAGGAAUUUCAGCUGGCGGAGGUCUAACAGCCUUUGGCAAAACUGCCAGGUUUGACCUUCGCAUUGGUGCGGGUGGUCUAGACUUCCAGGGGUACAUUGAAAACUUCAGUCUUGGACCUCUGGCUGUGUCUUCCGCGAGCGGAGAACCACAGGCAAGCAUGGUUAUGCGCAUGACCAGGGAUGAACAGGUGAUAAAGGUUGACGGAAUGAUAACGUGCUUUGGCAUUGGAUUGGCGGCGCUUGUGGACAUCCAGAUGGGCACCGACACCCCGUCCUUCACGGCGUAUCUGGCAGUGCAGUUCACAGACGCAUUCAAGAUCAGUAUUACGGCAACUGUGGCGGACUUCCGGGAUAUCAAAGACCUGGCACUCAAAGACCUUUACUUCGAGGGCAGGAUUGAGGGAGAUCUCUUUGAAGUGGUUUGCCAAAGUAUCAAGGGGAUGCUCCAGUCAAUCGAGGAAUUAGGCACUCAGGGUCUUGAGUCUCUUCAACACUUGAUUGGAGAAAAAAUCGCGGAGAGACAACGUGAGAUGGACCAACUUGCCCAGAAAGUUACAGAGACGCGUGAGAAGGUUGCAAGCGAACGCCAAAGGCGUCAGGCUGCCAUGCAACGCGAGAAGGGGAAACGAGAAGAGGCAAAGGAGAAAAUAAAACGGCUACAGGACAACUUGGCUAACAAGAUAGCUGACCGCAACCGUGUUGAGAAGGAGCUGAAAGAUAAUGUUGAGAAGGCCAAGCUGAAAAGGGCUGCUCUUAUUCAACGCAAGAGACGGGAGUAUGAUGAAAAGUUGAAGCAAGCUAAACAACAAGAGGCCGACAGUUGCAGAAGGCUGGAGGAAUUGAAGUAUCGACAACGAACGAAAUAUGGGACUGAUUUUCUCAAAAAGGUGGAUCUUGCCAAGGGAGCUUUGUGUGAGAAACAAGCCGCCGAACGGGCCUCUUGGAAUGCCGUUGUAUGGGUUUAUUGGCAAAAAGAAUAUGCCAGUGUCAUGACUGUGGCAUAUUGGGUAUGCUAUGAACUUUCACUCGAAGUAGCAAAGGCAGCACACGAAGUUGUCAAGGCAGCAACUGCUGUCUAUCAGGAAGCUGCGAGCAGCUUGGAGGCCACCGCCAACUCCGUCGCAUUUCAAACCUUGGUGGCGGGUAUAGAAGAAGCAGAGAAGGGUGUAGAAAGAGCAGUAAAUGGAAUUGACAAGCUUACCUCGGGAGAUGGUUUCGACGGGUUUGUCAGAGCUUUUAUCGACACGGAGGAAAGCAGAAUUGAUGCAGCAAUAAGAGAGCUGGAUGCAAUGCAGAACGAAAACAGCGAACUGCAAAAGGCAGUCCAGGAGGCUCAGGAAAUACUGGGCCGAGACAGACCGGAACUCGAAAGGGAGAUUGCAGAGGCUGAUGAGGCUAUAGAGCGCCUCCAGGAAGACGCAGAGCUCGCGAAGCUCCAACGGGACUACGACAAUCAGCUCAAAAUCCACGAUGAGGUGCAUAAUGUUAUUCAGGGAAUGCAGGCCGGUCUAGAGACCCUCAAAGAAAAUUGGCAAGACGGUAUGCAUGAGCUUGAGAACGUGGUGGAUAGUAUCCAGAAGGCCGUUGCAUCCAUGAUUCACAUCGAGAGAAUUGAGGUGGCCGCUCACACCCAUGCUCUGGCCAACAACGAACCCCUAAAGUUCGUGUUCAUUGGGGAUUUGGGCGGCGGGCGGUUUAAGAUUCAUGCUGAGUGGUCACCAGGUAAUUCGCUUCAAGCGUUAUAUAAGGAAGUAACCGAGGGUAUUCUCGAAUUUGCAGGGGAUAGAGAUAUAAUAUAA